CUUUUCAAGAAAAUACUAGAACAUUCAUACACAUCUUUAAAAAUUACUAGAUUCUAGUCACUUGGCAUAAGCAAACCAAGCUAUCCAGCCAAAUAAUUAGUGUUGGGCUAGUGGUGAACGUCAUGCGAAUAGUCUGGAUACCCUAGUUUGAGUUUAAGUUGAGAGGGUUUCUAAACGAUUUUUGGAAAUACAUUAACUUUGGUUCAGACUUUCUCGAUUAAUUACCAUUAAAAAUCAAAAGGUCAAUGUUGUCGAAAAUGUAAAAGUAUAGGCUUCAAAUAGUACAAUGGUACAAUCAAUGCCCAACGAAACGAACGAAGCAUAUGAAACAAAUAUAGUGGUAGAUACAUGUGAUCGUGUAUGAUUAGAAUUUGCUACUCUCGAAUUAUUUCUGUUUAGUUUCUAGAGAGUUUGGUUGGUUUACUAUUUGCAGAUAGAUCAUGGAGAAUGCUACUUCGACCUCAAUCUCUGGGAACCAUAUACUCACUAAUCAUCUUCAAACGAUUUGUCCCAAAACAACGUAUAUUACUAACUGCGUUUGAUGUUUUGAAUAUGUAUGAUAAGGUUAAACAUAUAGAGCGUAUAGAUUUUCAAAAGCAUGGUAGCUGUUGGUGAAAAUGCAUGGCUUAUUAGUGUUUCUUUUAGAGAAGCUAACGUUGUAUAUAGCAUUAAUUUACAUAUCUAAUUUUGUCAAUUGUAAUGAGACUUUGGAUACAACAACAUCCGGCUGCGAAAUAAUUGUGACUUUAUAUGUAUUUUUAAUAAAUUAAAUGGUCCAACUAACACAGAAAACGUACGAGUACACUGUCUCAAUAUUUGUUUCUCAUUGGUCCACGUCCAACUUGGCCAGCCACUGACCACUUCAACUACAAUUUAAAAUGAACUGACAAAUCUCCAACCAAACACUGACCCGUAAUAAAUUCUAUCUAUCUUUAGAGACUUCGAGUCCUUUCCCUUUUCUACUUUCCUCUUUUGGAUUCAUUAAUUAACUACACAAAUCAAUUUGAGGAAAAUCACAUGAUUCUAACACACUUCUUUCAGGUAAAGUGUCAAAAGUUUCACAGACCAUAUCAAUUCAAAUACUCCAUGCGAAAUUAAUUUAUUAAUGCUAUGAAAGUGUGCAACCGGUGCACCCAUGGGAAACAAUCAUAACACAAAUAAUUGGUAUACAUAUUUUGUAAUAAACAUGGUAACAAUUAGAAUGGUUAAAAUGUUUAAACAGUGAAUUGAGAUAAGUUUUAACUCGUGAUCAGAACUAUUUUUAUGCUCUUUUGUUUAAAAUGGUCGUAUUCAUGUGUUCUUAUACGUAUAAAGUCACAAAAAGACGACCAUUUUUUAAAAGUGCGUUCACCUAUUUGUACAACUUGCGGUAACGAUUUUGUGUUUUAAUAAACGGUAACCUUAAAACGCAGACCACAUUUUCCGCGGCACAAACGCGCUUAACGCCAUCUCUAUAAAUUAAAACCCACCCAAUGCCCAAUAUUUUCUCAUAUGUUCAUUGCAAUGGCAGAUUUCAAAAUUCUUUUGCUUAUACUCAUCCUUAUAUCUCUCUUUGAACUUGAUCUACUUCAUUUUCACCAUGACUUCUUCUCUCCUUUUCCGGUCAAGAUCGGUUUACUCCUGAUAUCCAUCUUCUUCUAUGCCUACUCAACCACCCGGUCUAAACCGGUUUACCUAGUGGAUUUCUCAUGUCACCAACCCACGGAUUCUUGCAAAAUCUCAUCCGAAACGUUCUUCAACAUGGCCAAAGGCGCUCAACUCUACACCGAUGAAACAAUCCAAUUCAUGACGAGGAUAUUAAACCGGUCCGGUUUAGGAGACGAUACGUACUCCCCACGUUGCAUGUUAACCUCUCCACCAACUCCAUCAAUGUACGAGGCGAGACAUGAAUCCGAAUUAGUUAUCUUCGGAGCUCUUAACUCACUAUUCAAGAAAACCGGAAUCGAACCGAGAGAAGUCGGAAUCUUCAUUGUAAACUGCAGCUUGUUUAACCCUAACCCAUCUCUCUCGUCCAUGAUCGUAAACCGGUACAAGCUUAAAACCGACGUCAAAACUUACAAUCUCUCCGGUAUGGGAUGCAGCGCCGGCGCAAUCUCCGUCGACCUCGCCACAAAUCUACUAAAGGCAAACCCUAAUACCUACGCAGUUAUUGUUAGUACGGAGAACAUGACCCUAAGCAUGUAUCGAGGCAACGACCGGUCAAUGUUAGUCCCUAACUGUCUAUUCCGAGUAGGUGGCGCUGCGGUUAUGCUCUCAAACCGGAGUCAAGACCGAGUCCGGUCUAAGUACGAAUUGACUCAUAUUGUAAGGACUCACAAAGGCUCUAGCGAUAAACACUACACUUGUGCUGAACAAAAAGAAGAUAGUAAAGGUAUCGUUGGAGUCGCACUCUCUAAAGAACUAACGGUUGUUGCUGGUGACUCGUUAAAGACGAAUCUAACAGCACUUGGUCCGCUUGUGUUGCCUUUAUCUGAAAAACUCCGGUUUAUCCUCUUUUUGGUAAAGAGUAAGCUUUUCCGGUUAAAGGUUAGUCCAUAUGUUCCGGAUUUUAAACUAUGUUUCAAGCAUUUCUGUAUUCACGCUGGUGGUAGAGCGUUACUUGACGCGGUUGAAAAAGGUCUUGGACUUAGUGAGUUUGAUCUUGAGCCGUCUCGGAUGACUUUGCACCGCUUUGGAAACACUUCAAGCUCGUCGCUGUGGUACGAGCUGGCUUACGUGGAGGCUAAAUGUCGGGUCAAACGAGGAGAUAGGGUUUGGCAGUUGGCGUUUGGGUCGGGUUUUAAAUGUAAUAGUAUUGUGUGGAGAGCGUUGAGAACGAUUCCGGCUAACGAGUCAUUGGUGGGUAACCCGUGGGGUGACUCGGUUCAUAAGUAUCCAGUUCACGUGACCUAAGUUUUAAGUAAUACUACUACGCGUGUGAAGUCACGUUAUAAGUUAUCAUAAGUCAACAAUAUGUUAUUAGCUUUCUAUUAAAGUGUAGUUUUUUUUUUUUUUUCCCCACAAAUAUGUAUUAUUUGCUUGUUUUUGCCAACAAUUUGGUCUCUAUUUCUUGAAUAUGAAAAUCGAGGAAUUUUUAUAUAUUGACAAACAAGUCGAUUAUUUUUGUUAUGGUU